AUGCCGGUGGCGCCUCAGGUUCAGGCGGCUGCCGCAGCCGUGGUGGCACAGUGCCCGGGUCGCGAAGAACAGAUUGAGCAGCUAUUCAGUUUGCUGGGUGCACCCGAGGCGCCCACACUGCCUUGUCUGCACAUCUAUGGCGCGACUGCCACUGGCAAGAGCCAUGUGAUGCGGACGCUUCUCGAGGCCUACCCGGGUCGACACGCCAUGAUCAAUUGCAUCGAGAGCUAUUCGCAACGCCUGGUGUUUGAGCAUACACUCAACCUUUUGGCGGGGGAGGAGCCCAGCGAAGCCAACGGCUACUCGGGCCACGGUCGAUGCGACCACCCCAGCACAUUUGUUGAUAGCCUUCGCGACAUUAUCGACCAGCGAGCGGCACCCACAGCAAAGACUUUGAUUGUGCUAGAUCAUAGCGAUCGGCUGCGAGAUCAAAAGCCCACGCUACUGGCCCUCCUGCUUCGGCUACAAGAGCUGACGAGACGUAACGUGUGCGUCGUUUCCAUCAGUCAUAUUGUGUGGGAAAAGUUUGAGUGCGGUACAGGCAUGGUGGAGCCGCUGCGCGUGCCCUUCCCGGCCUACAAUCGGCGCAACACGGUGCGCAUCAUUACUCUGCAUCGACCAGCGAACGUGGAGGCACAGCUGUUUCAACGCUUUGUGGAGCUUUUAUGGGACGUCUUUCAUGGCCCUUGCCGUGUGGUAACGGAGCUGGGUCAUCUGGUGACCCUCCUGCUGCCCAAAUGGCUUGAGCCAAUCCAAUCGGGUGAGCUGCAGCCGCACAACUUUUCGGCUCUCUUCCAGCGCAUCAAGCCGGUGCUGCAGAAGCAGUUGACCCGAUUGUAUCUACGCGACGUUUCGACGGUGGAAUGGGCCGGUGCGCUGCAAGCGCCCGAGGCCAACGCCACGGAGAGUGUUGGCGCGGCAUCAGGCUUUCGCCUCGACUUGCCGUAUCACGCCAAGUAUCUUCUUUUGGCAGCCUACCUAGCUUCAUCCAAUCCUCCCCGCGCCGAUCUUCGCCUGUUUGCCAAGCGACGACAGAGCAAAAAGGCAAAGCGCGGCACGGUAGUGCAUAUGCACGAGAGCCAAACCCUCAAGGGGCCACGGCAGUUUACUCUCGAUCGUUUACUGGCCAUCUUUCACAGCAUUCAUGAUGGUAUUGGCACUUCGACUUCGGAGCUUCUAGUACAGAUCCAAACGCUCAUCUCCCUUCGCAUGCUACAUCAGGUGCGGGCCAGCAACCUUUUGGACGAUGGUAAAUACAAGGUGGGCAUUGACUAUAGCACAGCGCGGGCGCUGGCUCAAUCCAUCGACUUUGACCUCAACGCCUACUUGUAUGAGGCUGUGUCGACCGUGUAA